GAAGAAAUGUCUUCUGUAAAAAGUAGCCCCAAACAGGAACUAAUCGCCCAACUACACAACUCAGCUGCAGAAGGAGAUAUUGGCAAGCUAACAGGAAUUCUCCGUCAUUCUCCGUCUCUUCUCAAUGAAACUUCUGACAACGGCUGGACUGCUUUAAUGUAUGCUGCAAGAAAUGGGCACCCAGAUGUUGUCCAGCUUCUGCUGGAGAAAGGGUGUGACAGAUCAAUUGUCAAUAAAUCAAGGCAAACUGCACUGGAUAUUGCUACAUUUUGGGGUUAUAAGCAUAUAGCUAACUUACUAGCUAAUGUUAAAGGUGGGAAGAAGCCUUGGUUCCUAACCAAUGAGGUGGAAGAAGGUGAAAAUUAUUUUAGCAGAACCUUACUGGACCGGAAAAGUGAAAAAAGAAAUAAUACUGGCUGGCUUGUAGCUAAAGAAAGCCAUCCAGCCACAGUUUAUAUCCUUUUCUCAGAAUUAAAUCCUUUGGUUACUCUUGGUGGCAAUAAAGAAAGUUUCCAGCAGCCGGAAGUCAGGCUUUGUCAGCUGAAUUACACAGAUAUAAAGGAUUACUUGGCUCAGCCUGAGAAGAUCACCUUGAUUUUUCUUGGAGUAGAACUUGAAAUGAAAAAAAAGUUAAAUAACUAUAAUGGAGAAGUCCCAAGAGAAGAGGAUGAUGGGUUGAUUGCCUGGUUUGCUCUAGGUAUAGAUCCCAAGGCUGCUGAAGAAUUUAAGCAAAGACAUGAAAAUUGUUACUUUCUUCAUCCUCCAAUGCCAGCUCUUCUUCAGUUGAAAGAAAAAGAAGCUGGGGUUGUAGCUCAGGCAAGAUCUGUUCUUGCUUGGCAUAGUCGAUACAAGUUCUGCCCAACAUGUGGAAGUGCAACUAAGAUUGAAGAAGGCGGCUAUAAGAGAGUCUGUUUGAAGGAAGACUGUCCUAGUCUCCAAGGUGUUCAUAAUACAUCAUACCCAAGAGUUGAUCCAGUAGUUAUUAUGCAAGUUGUUCAUCCAGAUGGGACCAAAUGUCUUCUAGGCAGGCAGAAAAGAUUUCCCCCAGGAAUGUUUACUUGUCUUGCUGGAUUUAUUGAACCCGGUGAGACAAUAGAAGAUGCUGUUAGGAGAGAAGUCGAAGAGGAAAGUGGAGUCAGAGUUGGCCAUGUUCAGUAUGUCUCUUGUCAACCAUGGCCAAUGCCCUCUUCCUUAAUGAUUGGUUGUUUAGCUGUUGCAGUAUCUACAGAAAUUAAAGUUGACAAGAAUGAAAUAGAGGAUGCCCGCUGGUUCACUAGAGAACAGGUUGUGGAUAUUCUUACGAAAGGGAAGCAGCAAGCAUUCUUUGUGCCACCAAGCCGAGCUAUUGCACACCAGUUAAUCAAACACUGGAUUGGAAUGAAUCCCAAUCUCUAAAUCAAAGACCUAGGCUUUGAGCAUGAUUUGCUUUUGAAUACCAGGUACUCCUCGAGAGGAUUUGAAAUUACUAGUGUUCUUUGUUGUUGUAACACAGAAUAUUAUGUUGGGCCCCUAAAAUAUUUUCAAAGUGUUCCUUCUAUUCCAUAGGACUCCUAUUUUAAUACCUUAAAACAUUACUUUAGGUUUUCCUAACUUUGGGGGAAGCUAUUGAAUGUAUUUUUGUGGUCAUACUUCAAACAUCUAUCUCAAGAAGUCAUAGAUACCAUUGUAAACAAAUAUGUUCUAGGGGCUCUAAUAAGCAUUAGAUGUCUCACUAAAUUUUCUUAAUUUGAGAAGUGAAACAAUAAAUUUGAAAUUAUCUUUGGUUGAUAUUUAUGUUAUUCCCAAAGUUUUCACUACCUGAUUUUAGUUAACUCCGCAUCGCGUCUCUACUUCCUGUGGUUCUAGUAGAGAUACUCUUAAGUGUUGCUGCUUGUCUAAUCUGACCAGUGUUUAGAAUUUGUUAUUUUAACAAUUGACCCUACUAGGAAACGUUAAAUGACACACUCAUGGAAGGGGAACUACACUAAGAGGACGUUUGUGUCUUUAAACCUAAAGCUACUAAAUGCACCUAGGUAUGAGUUCAUAAGACAAAUCAGGAUUUUCUACUUUCUCAUUGAAAUUAAGCAUAUUUGAAAGGAAUUAUUUUAAGGUGAGGGUGCCAGGUGCCAGUGACUCACCUCUAAUCCUGCCUGUUGUGGAGACUGACCGAGAUCUGAGGGGAAGGAUUUGGAAUCAGCCCAGGCAGACUAGUUCAUGAGAGUCCUAUCUCCAAUUAAUGAGCAAAAGGCAGAAACUGGAGAUAUGCUCACAUUAUAGAGAGCCAGCCAUGAAUGACCAAGGCAAAUGGGAGCACAGGCUCCGAGUUCAAGCCCCAGUACUGAGAGAGGAAGAUACAGAAAGAACCAGAGACAGAAAUUUGUGGCAUAUGUUUACAUUUUCAGUUAAAAGCUCUAGUUUUACUUGAUCUUAUUGUGACGGAUAUAUCUAUGUUGACAGGAGAAUUCUAUACUUACCAUCAGUGCUUGUAAUACUUAGAACAUCUUGGUUUUAGCCUUAUUCCAGUACAUUCUAAGAAGCCUCAACUGGUAAGUGUAAUUUAAAGCUGACGUAAUAAGAUUCUAGAGAAAUUAAAUUACAAUAAUUCAGAACAUUUUAACAUAGGAAUAUAUAUAUACAAUAAAUGUUGCUUUGAAAUUAUUUCAAAGAGUUUAUAAAUAUUUUUAUAAUUUGGCUUUUUAUUAUUCUGUUACAAUUGACUAAAACCUUAGGGUUACUAUAUGUAACCCAUAGGCCAUUUGUAUACAGAAGAAGUCUGAAAGAGAGUUCAAUAAGUUGAUGUAGGAAAUAAUUGUGAGAGUGUAUACUGUGUAACCCAACACAAGAUUUUCACCUGUAAUAGGAAAUAUGAGCUAUUACCAAAAAUAUAUGUACAGCAUAUUCAAAGAAGGAAUAGUAAGGACUUAGUUUACCAGAUUUUAAAUUGAAAUUUUAGAUACAGUCUUGAAAGAUGUAUUUAAAUUAAAUAAGGUAACUUUCUCAGGUAAAAUUUUUAUAAGGUAAAAGUUUAUAAUAAAUAAUAAAAGCUUGAUGAUACUAGAAUUUUAAACCAAAUUAAUUCUUACACAGGACUUUAAUGUACCUAAUAAACUUAUAGCUACAUUGAUAUAUUGAUAAGUAUGUGCCUUAAUCAUGAAAUAUAGUCGCUUUUGCCUUAAUUUUACUCCAACUGUACUUUUAAUAUUUGCAGAUUCUAAUAUUACAUUGUAAACUUCCAGACUGCCCUAAUGUUAGGAUGCAAAUGUAAAAUAAAAAGUGCUAGUAAAUAUAAGUAUAUAUUUUAUUUAAGGUAUUUAAUGCUACUAUACUUGGGAAAAUUCACUAUGUAAAUUAUUGUUUUAAUAAUAAUUCCUAAACUGCUAACCUCUGAGAGGUGAAUAGCUACAUAUAAAUGAUAAAGCAUUUUUUUAAAUGGUAGAGGUGUAAGUGACAAGAAUGUAUUCUAAUCAAAUUAUGUAACAACACAUUAAAUUAUCCAUUUCUGA